AUGUUCUCCGGCUACCACACCAAGAAGCGCGUGAACGAGCGCUACAAAAUCGUGGGCUUCAUUAGCAGUGGUACCUAUGGCCGGGUGUACAAAGCCGAGGGCCGGAACGGCCGCGUUGGCGAGUUCGCCAUCAAAAAGUUCAAGCCGGAUAAAGAGGGAGAACUUCAGUAUUCAGGAAUCUCACAAUCCGCAAUACGAGAAAUGGCCCUGUGCACGGAGCUGUCGCACCCCAACGUCGUGCACACGGUCGAGAUCAUCCUCGAGGAAAAGUGCAUCUUCAUCGUCUUCGAAUAUGCCGAACACGAUUUGCUUCAAAUCAUACACCACCACAACCAGACACAGCGACAGGCCAUCCCCGCUCGUACCAUCAAGUCCAUCUUGUAUCAACUCCUGCAGGGCCUGCUCUACUUGCAUCGGAACUGGACCAUGCAUCGCGACCUGAAGCCUGCCAACAUCAUGGUCACCAGCGCAGGAAAGGUCAAAAUCGGCGACCUGGGAUUGGCACGCCUGUUCUACAAACCGUUGCAUUCCUUGUUCACCGGCGACAAGGUCGUCGUGACCAUCUGGUACCGAGCUCCGGAACUUCUACUGGGGGCCCGCCACUACACGCCAGCUGUUGACCUGUGGGCCGUGGGGUGCAUAUUCGCAGAGCUGCUGUCCUUGCGGCCCAUUUUCAAAGGCGAGGAAGCCAAAAUGGACAGUAAGAAAUCCGUCCCCUUCCAGCGGAACCAAAUGCAGAAGAUUGUCGAGAUCCUGGGUAUGCCCAGCAAAGAACGCUGGCCUCUCUUGGCCGCCAUGCCCGAGUUUGGCCAGCUGUCAUCCCUAGCUGCCGGGAAUCCACGCCUGCACCGGCCUCAGGGCCUGGAGAAUUGGUAUCAGAACUGCCUCAAGAACAACCAGUACCCGCCCGGCUCGUCUGUCGAUUCUCCAGGUCCGGAAGGGUUCUUGCUCCUCCAACAGCUGCUCGAGUACGAUCCGCAGAAGCGCCUGACUGCCGAGAAGGCGCUCCAGCAUCCCUAUUUCACCACGGGAGAGAAGCCGUCGGACAAUUGCUUCGAGGGCUCCAAGAUCAAGUAUCCGUGCAGGAGGGUGAGCUCGGAGGAUAACGACAUUCGCACGUCCAGCCUGCCGGGUACCAAGAGAAGCGGUCUUCCCGACGAUUCUUUGAUAGGCCGGCCAGCGAAAAGGCUGAAGGAAAAGUGA